AUGCUUCGUGGCUCUCGCUCAGUAGGAGUAUAUGCGGUCUGUUCUUGUCGUCAGUUCACGUGUGUGCUGGCUCGACUCAAGCCAUUUGACCUAGGUCUGUUAAAGACGAAUAAUAAUCAAAGUGAGACCUUCAACUUUGAGUCCAUGAAUCGAUUCGGAGAUAGCUCAGCCACUUCCAGGCCGAUCAAAGAGAACAGAUUUGCCCAGAAGUUUGAAAAGAGUGCUCCCAAGAAGAACAACUACCCUAAGCGUCAGGAAAAGCACAGAAACCCAAGAAAAGCUGUUCGGUUUCAGUUUGAGUCUGGCUCGGUUCAAGCCCAGAAUGCAAUAAAGGCUGUAAUCAACGAGGUCCACUCAUAUUCCAAGUCAUAUAAGGUGAACUAUGUUGGAUCCGGAAAAGGUGGUUUGGAACAAAAGCAUUUGGUGGAUAUAGUCAACAGCCUUGACCUCGCGGUAAACGGUAUUUAUUGUGUUCCUCCCACAGACGACAAAAGCUUGCCCAUUAUAAAAACCAAUAAAGUACAAGAGAUGAUCAAGUCUUACACGGACAAGCUUGCACUCGAAAAGGAGCAGGAACUCCUUCAAAAGGGAAGCAUAGUGGCUCAGAAAGUAAUGAGACUGCGAGACCGGGCAGAGAAGAAAAAAUCUGCAACAAAGGUACUGACUGUGUCUUGGGGCAUCAGUAAUAGCGACUUGUGCAACCAGAAGGCGACAGAAAUUCAAAAGAGAAUUUCCAAGGGUGAACAUUUUCUUUUAUAUCUCGGUGAAAAAAAGAGUUUUUACAGUGCUCGACAACUGGCAAGUAAAGAGAACGCUUUUGGUCUUAAAGACACACCUGAAGUAGGAGACAUAGCUGAAGAAGACCUUGCUGGAAUGAGCGUCGAGGAAAGAAAGAGGCUCAGUAUUUUUCAAACUGUCAAAACCAUGCUUGAUGACAGUUCGUGCCAAUAUGAAAUUAGUGGAGAUUUGGAAUCAAGAGUAUUAUUUUCGUGUCAACCGCUCGAAAGAGAUACCAAAUCAAAGGAUACCGAACAAAAGGAGGCCAAAAAGUCGAAAAAAGCUUCAGCAUCCAAGCAAGCUGACAACUCAAAAAAAGCGAUGAGUGAAGAUGAGCUCGACUCUUUAUACCUGUUCAAGAUAGAGGACUGA